AUGGACAAAACAUUUGCAGUAAGACGUCUUGAGGUGGUCCAAGAUGCACCCAUGGUAGCGGAUUUCAAAGCAAGGUGGCUAGGUCUCUUUAAUGUGAGGGAGGUGAAAGCAGAAUUCAAGAGGAUAACCACAGUUGAGCUUCAAUCCAAGUUCUUUUCGCAACUUGAUGCACACUCUGAAAACUUGAUGAAAGUGUUUGCCAGAAAAGGAGGAGUCCUCGGGAAAAAGAUAAAGGCAGUGAUGCUUCCAAUGACUCGGGUUGACAGCAUUGAUGUGAGACGAGAAUGCAUCCUCAGAGGUUUGACCGUGUAUCUGAAUGAGGAUCCACAAAAAUUUGUUAAGGACUACAAGAGCGAUGAUGAGUGCAUUGAAAGAGACCUGGCAGAAACAGUCUUUGGCAUCUAUGUGAUUCGACACAAUGUUGCAGACCCUGAUGAUGACCCUGAGGAUAUUGGAAUUGUUUUGGAGGGGGUAGAGGUACUGAGUGGUUUGAGAAAUGUUCCAUUCGCUAUGGCAAUGUUUCUCGGACUUGUGUAUGCUCUGAACAUUAGUUACCCUCCAGAAUUAAAAUAUACAUUUGAAGCUCUGCAGAAAAUCAUUAUGGAGAUGCAAGGAAACAGGUUGUCGGCCAAAGUACAAACGCUCAAGACACUGCUGGCACGUUGAUCACUGUAAAAAGUACAUCGUAAUGGCUGCCUAAUGUACUUUUUUUUUUUUCCCCCUAAAUGUUGAAAUUUCAUGUUGUACUUGAAAGCAGUAGUCAAGCCUGGAUAUGGGAGAAUUCUCGUAGUCUCACCAGUUUGUCAAAGAUUUCACAUUACAUUUUUGAAUUUUAUUGCAGUUUUGUCUCUCAAAACCGUUUAGUGUGCUGACUAGAUUUAAGAGAAACACAUGAAUAGCAGUGUAAAAUACUUAAGACUGGAUAUCCAUCCCAAGACACUUUUUGUUAGAUUUCUAGAGUUAAAAUAUAAAAUUGAAGUUGUGUAGAAAAUCAUUAUGGAGAUGCAAGAAAACGAGUAGUCAGCCAAAGUAUAAACUUUCAAGACACUGCUGGUGUGGAAAUUACUUAAUAUGAAAGUAAAAGAGUACAUUUCAAGGGCUGCCUAAUAUACUGUUUAUUUCAAAAUGUUAAAGGUUCAUGUUGCACUUUAAAGCAGUUGCCAAGUCUGGAUUUGGAAGAAUUCUACUAGUUUUUCUUGAACUUUAUUACUAUUGUCUUACAUAUCAGUAAAAAACCUUAGUCUGCUAAGUACAUUCAAGAGAUAUGUGUCAGCCACAAUUUGAAAUACUGAAGACUGGAUAUACUUUGAGUUGCAUCUUUUUUCCUUUUCCUGAAGACUGUAAGGAGCUAUUUGCAUGUUAAGUAAAGUUCAACUUAAUUAUUAUUAUUUUUUACUCAAAAUAACAUAUGGUUUCAAAAUGUCUAAUUCUGUAUAGUGUUGUUGUAUCCACUUAAAUUCAUGUAAGUGUGCUUUAAGAAUGUUGUCUGUAGAACAGAGUACCAUUAAGGGUGUUGUUUUUUGUUUGUUUUUAACAUUUGCUAACCCUGUUUUAAUUUUAUUUUGUGAAGCAACCACUACAAAUUUCUGUUUAAGAAACUAAGAAUGGUAUGCUGCUGUUUUAGGUUUUUUUAAAUAAUGUAAUUACCCUGUUUUAGUAAGCCAGUGUUAACAUGUAAGCCUAAAUUGUCUUUGUUCAAAUACAGUUUGAUUGAAACGCAUGAAAAAUGUUUUUUAUUCCUACCUUUGGCACUACAUGUUAGAGGUGACAGUUGUAUAGCACUUUUAUCUAAAGAGAUUUACAAUACAUUUCAGAUUCACACCCUGACAUGGAAAACCAGGAGGCAACCUCGGGUUCGGUGCUUGCCCAAG